AAAAUUAUUUUACUUUUGCAACAUUUACUUUGAGUUGAAAAUUGAGUCAAAUGACGUCAUUGAUGAUUGAAUUAUUUAUAUUUUCGUUGUUUACAAGGUAAGAAGAUAAAGUUAAUUUAGAAAAAAAAUUAAAUAGGUCUAAACUUCAAUUCUUUAUUUGAAAAUGCAUAUGGUUAAACCUAAAAUAUAUUGAAGAUUAGGGCCGAAACUUAUUUCAUUAUUUUAAUAUGCGAUAGAGUUGGGAUUAAAUAAUUUAAUGGGAAACCACUCUUCUGAUUUCCCUCAAAAUUUUUGUGAAUAGGCCUACUUACAACCUCAAACUGAUAACUUGUAAACAAUAAAUGAAUAUUGAUUUUUAAAAAACGAAUUAUUAUAACUUGAGUGAAAUUAAUUUUAAAAUUAACCUUUGAGAAACUUUUUUGCAUAAUUUAGCCUUAUAUUAACCUGAAUGAUAAAUUACAUAGUGUUUUUUAACUUCCUACCCAGCCUAUUCUAAAUCAAACACUGCAACUGGCACUCGCUCAACUCACUGGUUUGGUUUAGUAAUGUAAUGUAUGUGUAGUGAGUGAUCCUACUGGUUAAUUUUUAUUUAUUUUUAGUAUUUAGUAGAUUGGAGACCUGAUAAAAAUCUUGGCUGAUCUAUCAUUUGAAUCUAUUAUUAUUGUUAGUGUGUGUAAGUCAAGUUAAAUGUUUAAAAAUAACAUUCAGUAUUGUAUUAAUAAUUAUAUAUAAAGUAUAUAUAAUUAUAAUUUAGUCGGUAGUAAUCUUCUAAACAAAACAUAAUUUUUCUAACUUGUCUAAUUUAAUGCAAUAAAAAGUUCAUAAAUUAUAGCAUUGAUGUAGCUUUUCUUGUUUUCUGAGACAUUUUAAAUUUUGCUCAGGACACUAUUUACAGUUACAGCAUAGGUCUAAUUUCUAAUAAAUAUAACUGAUAAUUAGUUAAGACAGUAAUACUAAUAUGUUUCUUGUAAAAAAAAAUCAUGAUGCAAUUACUACAUAUUUCUUACAUUACAUAAAUGUCAUAGACUUAGAAAGACAUGGGCCCUAUCUAUCAUAUUAAACACUCUCUGGUAUUUAUUAUUACGACAAUCAUGUCAAAGUUUUUAAAUUUUAGAUUACUGGGACUAGUUUCAGGGCUAAUUAUUCUACAUAUCAUUACUCAUACUGGAUCAUUGUUAAUUCUUAUUCAUUGCAUAAUAAUUUUUAUGAACCACCUAUUAAUCAGUUAUAUUUUUUCAGGCAAUAUGGAUAAUGUAACUUCCCAACAAGGUCAAGUAACAAUGGAUCCUGCUGAUAAAACUAGUACUCUAUAUGUCAAUGACACUUUUGGGAAAACUAUGUUUUGUAAAGAUAAUAUUUGGGUAUGUAUUACUGACUGAAUUUUACUAGCAGAUUUUACUUUAUAGAAUAUAUUUAAAUCCAUAUUUAUUAUUGUUUUGUUAUUUUUUAAAAUAUAUAUUUACAGACAAUAUAAUUUACCCAAAAAAUGUAUGAAUGCAAAAAUAUUUGUGUCUGUCUUCUAUGAAAAAAAAUCUAAAGCACGCACAUAUCUACUAAUGAAAGUUAAUAAAUAAGUCAUCCAUAUCUAUAUACUUGAGUCAAAAUUAAAGCAUCGGCAUAAGGGAAAAUGAUCUAAUCAUUACAGUUUUUUUUUUCAGGAUACUGAUCUUCUGUUGUCUUCAUCUUGGCCUCAGCUAACAUCAUGUUUUCAAAAUACAGUACUUAUAUAUUUUCCUUUUGCUUGCUUUUGGCUGCCCCUCCCAUUUUAUCUGUAUAGUCUGGCGUCUACAGGAAAUCGUCCAUUGCCUAUGUCAAGUCUCAGCAUAAUAAAAAUAGUAUGUGCCAAAUGUUUUAUAUUCUGCAUCACAUCUUUUAUAGGGGUUCUUACAAAAAAAUAAUAAUAUUAAUGAAUAAUAAUCAGAUUUUAAUGAUUAACAAGCUUCCAAAAACUUCCUCAUCCCAUUUAUUACAAUGAUGGUUGAGCUUACAAAAUAAAAAUUGUGACUAAUAUUUUAUAUUUUCUAGAUGUAAAUUUAAAAUCUAAACAUGUUGUUUAGCUAAAAUUCAAAUUGGAAAUAAUCUAAAGUGACUAUUUAUCCAUCUCUUUUCCUCUAAAGUUUCUUGCUACCUCACUCAGUUUGCUGAGCCUAAUUAUGAUUGUUGAAGACUUAAGUAAGGACGUUGCUACAAAUCCCGUCCCAUCGUCACAGUAUGCAGCUAAUGGCAUCAGGGUUGUGUCAUAUGUAAGUUCUUGUAACCGUUUGUAGAAUAGUCUAUCUUUUGGUUCUUUUUACAAGAAAUAGUUUAAAAUAUGAUCAAUAAAUAGUAAUAGACACUUAUUGCAUUAGAAAAUUUAAUUUUACGCAUGUGUUUUAUCAGAAAACUAGAAGAUUUUUGUUACUCAGAAUCUUAUUUUGUGUUCAUGUUGUGGUAGUUUUACCAUAAUUCUUAAUGCAGACAUGUUUAAAAUGAAAUACAAUAACUUAAUAUAGGUCUUUAUUAAAAUUGUUAAUAUUUUUAAAUAACCUCUAUAAAAUCAUCAUUAUCAUUAGAAUCAAUCACUAAUUACCUUCAGUUUGAUAAAAUAAAUUUUAAUCUGCUGUAAAAUUUGUUUUAUUUGGUGUUUUAAAAUAUUUUUUUUACAACAUUCAACUUAACUUUUUCAUUCAUUAAUAUGAAAUUUCUUUUUGCAGGCAGCUUUGGCCAUAAUAAUACACUUUGAGAGAAAAUAUCACGUUACCACGUCAGGAGUGUUGUUUGUUUUUUGGAUGCUAGUUGUCAUAUGCGAUGUCAUACCACUCUACACACAGAUCAUACAGAAGGUCCAUACAUUCAUAAGUUAAAACAUAUUGAUUAGUCAAUAGGUUGGGAGUUUACUGGUCAUCUCCUAUUUGCUGGAAACAUUGUUUUAAUGGAAUACAUGUAGCAAGAAAACAAUUUCUACCACUGAGCCCUCAUUGUUACUUACAUUUCCAUCACUUAUCAUUUUAAUUUGUAUUGCUAACUGUAAAUAAGCACUUUCCUCUUGUGUAGGUUAAUAUCUUAUGCUGUAAUUAUAUUAUUUGUUUUUCUUUCUAGGAGUAUGUUGAGUAUGUUGUAUGCUGUAAUUAUAAUGUUGUAUUUCCCUCUAGGAGUAUGUUGAUUCCUUGUUGAAGUUUGCCCUGUUUUCUUUGAUCUAUGUGAUGGAAGUUCUUCAAAUCCUUGUGCAUUGUGUCAGUGACUCAAUGGGGGAAGAAAGUUUUCAUGCUGUAAGUAGAUGUUUACAGUCAUUUGAGCUGAUCAUUUGCUUUUCACCUUUGUUCUGUGCUGACUAUGGCACUGAAAUAUGACUAAGAAUAACUUAUUCAACCAAUUUUAUCUGCCUUAAAUUAUUGAAAACCUAAAAUUCAUUAUCGAAACAAAAGUUAGUAAUUUAUUUAAAUUGUGCUUACAUUCAUGACAGAAGAUGUGUUGUUUCUUUUGCUAAUUGUAAUAAACUUUAAAAAGAAAGAAACUUCAGUUCUUUGCAGAUAUUUUCCUGCUGUUGCUAUGUACUAUGUCAGAAUUUUUUGUGUGAGGGUGGGGGUGUUGGUGGUGAAGGAAGGUUCCAGUCACUAGGAAAAUCAUUUGUUGAAUUUGUUGUGUAUGAUUGUAAAAUUAUUGUUAGUUAAAUUGCUAGCAUGUGUUCAUUUGUACAAACAAAAGAUUGAAUAUUUAAAGAAAUGAUUUUGUUACAGAAAACCAGCCCUGAAGUCAUGGCGUCAUUCCCAAGUCAAGUAUUUUACUGGUGGGCCACAAAGUAAGUCAAGUAUUUUACUGGUGGGUCACAAAGUAAGUCAAGUAUUUUACUGGGUGAUCACAAAGUAAGUCAAGUAUUUUACUGAUGGGUCACAAAGUAAGUCAAGUAUUUUACUGGUGGGCCACAAAGUAAGUCAAGUAUUUUACUGGCGGGUUACAAAGUAAGUCAACUAUUUUACUGGUGGGAAAGUUAAGUCAAGUAUUUUACUGGUGGGUGACAAAGUAAGCAAGUCUUUCAUUGGUGGGCAAUAAAGUAAGUAAAGUAAUUUACUGAUGGGCCACAAAGUAAGUUUAGUCAGUCAGCAUGUGUACUGAUGCUAUCUCUUAUUUGUGUUUGUUUUAACUUAACCACAAUCUAAGUACGAGAGGUCAAAUGAGAUUCUUAAAGGUUAUACAACAUGCCACAAUCUAAGUAAAAGAGGUCAAAUGAGAUUCUUAAAGGUUAUAAAACAUGCCACAAUCUAAGGACAAGAGGUCAAAUGAGAUUCUUAAAGGUUAUAAAACAUGCCACAAUCUAAGUACAAGAGGUCAAAUGAGAUUCUUAAAGGUUAUAAAACAUUCCACAAUCUAAGUACAAGAGAUCAAAUGAGAUUCUUAAAGGUUAUAAAACACUCCACAAUCUAAGUACAAGAGAUCAAAUGAGAUUCUUAAAGGUUAUAAAACAUGUCACAAUCUAAGUACAAGAGGUCAAAUGAGAUUCUUAAAUAUUAUAAAACAUUCUAUAGUCUCGUUUGAGAUCAUUUAUAAUGUUUUAAAUGCCUAAUGUGAAAACUCAAAUGAUCUUCCCCUGUCUGAAAUUGAUUUUAUAUUGUAGCAGCUAUUGUUCAGUGGUAUUCGGUCCAUCACAAGACACAUAUCGCAUGCAAUGUUCAUUGCUAUUCUGAACAUCACAAGACACAUGCUAUUCUGAACAUCACAAGACACAUGCUAUUCUGAACAUCACAAGACACAUGCUAUUCUGAACAUCACAAGACACAUGCUAUUCUGAACAUCACAAGACACAUGCUAUUCUGAACAUCACAAGACACAUGCUAUUCUGAACAUCACAAGACACAUGCUAUUCUGAACAUCACAAGACACAUGCUAUUCUGAACAUCACAAGACACAUGCUAUUCUGAACAUCACAAGACACAUGCUAUUCUGAACAUCACAAGACACAUGCUAUUCUGAACAUCACAAGACACAUGCUAUUCUGAACAUCACAAGACACAUGCUAUUCUGAACAUCACAAGACACAUGCUAUUCUGAACAUCACAAGACACAUGCUAUUCUGAACAUCACAAAACACAUGCUAUUCUGAAUAUCACAAGACACAUGCUAUUCUGAAUAUCACAAGACACUAAUCUUGACAUUGCAGGACUGUGUACAAAGGAUGGAAGAGUGACCUGCAGGAGGAGGAUCUCUUUAAUCUUAAUCCCAGGGAUGAGAGCAACAGACUGAUUCCCAAGUUUGAGAGGCUGUGGAUCAAUGAGCUGGUCAGGUUUGGGCGGAGAAGGUGUGUGGGCUUUGAAGAGUCAUGUGUGUGGGCUUUAAAAGAGGGAUGUCUGUGGGCUUUUGAAGAGGAAUGUUUGUGGGCUAAGAUUCAGACAAUGUGACAUGGCACUGGUGGAUUCAGACAAUGUGACAUGGCACUGGUGGAUUCAGACAAUGUGACAUGGCACUGGUGGAUUCAGACAAUGUGACAUAGCACUAGUGGAUUCAUACAAUGUGACAUAGCACUGGUGGAUUCAGACAAUGUGACAUAACUUGUUUAAUUUAUGUUAUUACAUCAGUUUUAAGUAUAUACUGUAUGUGUCAAUGUGCUAUGAAAAAGUGCCCGGGGGGGGGGGGGGGGGGAAAAUUAAAAAAAAAAAGCCAGGGAUGUAGAUAGAUCUCUUAACAGUUAACAGCUUGUGUCCAUUUGCUCCUCUUUUGUCAGGGUAGAUAGAUCUCUUAACAGCUUGUGUCCAUUUGCUCCUCUUUUGUCGCGCCUAGUAUUCUAAAAAUGUCCUUGUUUCUAAGUUAAAGGUAAAUACUAUAAAAACUGUAUAAUUUUAAUACAUUUUUUAAUUAAAAAACAACAACAUAAUUUUAGGGGCCAGAAAUAUGGGAAAUAUGCCAGCCCUCACAGUAUCCGAAUGACAGAUUUAUCCAUGUCAUGUGAUACGGACAGACCAAAUGAGAGGUCACCACUCAUCAAACACGCCAAUGGGAAAGGGCUGGCCAAUGGCCACAAGCCAGCGGACCAUGAACAAAGGACAAGGGCUAGAAUCCAUGAGGUAAAUAUCUUAUAUCCUUAGGGCAACAUUGUGCACUCAUUAGAGGGUCUGUUCAGAUGGGGAAACUCCUAAUGAAUCUUCUUAAACAAUCCCUACAUUUCAACCCUUGAUUGAGGGUUAACAACCUGUGUGUUAGUCAAUGAUUUUUAAUAUGCCAUGAACUGAGGGCUAAGAGUUUAUUGAUAUCAAUUUAUGGUCGUUGUUUUGUUGUUGUUGUUUUUUGGAUGUAUUUGUUUUUUAAAUACACAUCUUGAUUUCAUUCUAUUACAAUUACAUUUUUUCUACCAGAAAAAGCCCUCACUGCUCAGGGUGCUUUCAAAAAUGGUUGGGGCACCACUGCUGAUCGGCCUGGCUCAGAAGGUUGUGUCGGAUAUUUUCUUGAUGUUAAGUCCAGUACUUCUGAGGUAGGUACAAAACAAAACAACUUGAGAACACCUGUACAUUUUUAUCAGAGAAUUAAACUUGAAUUGCAAAUAAAAAUUUAACAGAUUGUUCUCAGAAAUGAAAUAAGGGAGAUCACAACUUAUAACUGUCGUAAUCAUCAGGCUGUGAAAUUCUAAGAACCUCUGAAUUAUUUAAGUGUAUGUUUAAACUAUGUCUAAGUUUAAUCAAAGAGCACCCUCCCCCCCCAAACCUUUUCUCUGGUCACAAUUGAUUUGCCAAUGUUAUUGCCUGUCCACAGCUUGCUGAUAAGUUAUGCUGAGAACAAGGACACAGACUUUGUCUGGAAGGGCUAUGCCCUGGCCGUGCUACUGUUUAUAACUCAGAUGGUCAAGUCUGUGCUGUUCAACUUCAGCUUCUGGAUGUCCCAGAUUGUCGGCAUGCAGCUCAAAUCAACACUCAUUGCUGCCAUAUACAAAAAGGUUGGAUUGUUUACUGCUAACAUUUGUUUAGAGUGCUUGUUAAACUAUUCUAAACAGAGUACAUAGGGCGGCAGAUUUUGUGACAAAUGUUCCUGUGAUAAGCCAAGAUUGGGUUUGUUUCUGUGAUAAGCCAAUGUUGGGUUUGUUUCUGUGAUAAGCCAAUAUUGGGUUUGUUUCUGUGAUAAGCCAAGUUGGGUUUGUUUCUGUGAUAAGCCAAUAUUGGGUUUGUUUCUGUGAUAAGCCAAAGUUGGGUUUGUUUCUGUGAUAAGCCAAAGUUGGGUUUGUUUCUGUGAUAAGCCAAAGUUGGGUUUUCUUCUGUGAUAAGCCAAUGUUGGGUUUGUUUCUGUGAUAAGCCAAUAUCGGGUUUGUUUCUGUGAUAAGCCAAGUUGGGUUUGUUUCUGUGAUAAGCCAAUAUUGGGUUUGUUUCUGUGAUAAGCCAAAGUUGGGUUUGUUUCUGUGAUAAGCCAAGUUGGGUUUGUUUCUGUGAUAAGCCAAAGUUGGGUUUUCUUCUGUGAUAAGCCAAAGUUGCAUUUGUUUAGAGUGUGGUUGAAACAAGUCAAUGGAAAACUAUUUAAGAAUCCAGUUUGUAGACUCUGGCCUUUACAUCAAAAUGGAUAAUAGAAUCAAAUAAUUAAUAUUUAUCAAACAAAUUUAUUGUUAAUUGUUUGAACAUUCUAGUCAUAUUAUUAGAAUAGUUACUUGUGUAAGUAAAAAGCAAGGCAUAGUGUAUGAAUGAUUUUAGAAUUUACCAAAGCCGGUCAGCUUGAGGCUGACCAGAGAUACUGUGGUUUUAUUUAGCAUGCCGACUUCCAUUAGACCUCGUAAAAGCUGGUCAUCUUGAGGUACUUUAAGGAAUUUAAACAUUUAGAAUUACGUAAUAAAGCAAACUUUCCCCCCCCCCCCCCCCGUUAAGUGGCUGUCAAUAGAUGAUUUGCCACCUGUCAGUUCACAUGCUGGCUUGUGACAUCUCAAUCAAACUUAUAAGUGCAAGUGUAAUAGAUUUUGAAUCCACCCCAAUUGUGUCAACAUGCCAAACUAGUUCCUGACUUCAUUCAUGGCUUAUCUGUAUGUCAUGCCUCAAAUUACAACUGAAGGGUUUCUACUUUACUAUAAAGGCUCUAUAUUACAUACAACAGGAAUGGGAGAAGCUGUCAGGUGGGCCCACAUGUUGCUGGUAUGUGACACAAAGAGUGAUAUCACUUGUAUGAGUUGGGCAAGGGACAAACAUUCUUUAUUUGGUUGUAAUUCUUGGAGUCUAUCAUUACUACUGAAAUUUUCAAUAAAUGUAACUUUUAUAAAACAUUAAUCUAAAAUUUUUUUAAGAUUAAUUCAGGUCAAUACUUUGCUUAAAUUGUUUCACAUAUUUGGCCAUGGCAUUCAGGACAUAUUUGGCCAUGGCAUUCAGCACAUAUUUGGCCAUGGCAUUCAGGACAUAUUUGGCCAUGGCAUUCAGCACAUAUUUGGCCAUGGCAUUCAGCACAUAUUUGGCCAUGGCAUUCAGCACAUAUUUGGCCAUGGCAUUCAGCACAUAUUUGGCCAUGGCAUUCAGCACAUAUUUGGCCAUGGCAUUUAGCACAUAUUUGGCCAUGGCAUUCAGCACAUAUUUGGCCAUGGCAUUCCGUCAGUGGGAUGAGAUAAAAGCACAGUAGAACAAAAUAGUUGAGGUGUGAGGCCUAUUGUCUCUAUUUGAAUUGGUUGCAUUGACCAGGGGUAAAGCGCAGUAGAACAAAAUAGUUGAGGUGUGCGACCUAUUGACUCUAUUUGAAUUGGUUAAAUUGACCAGGCAUGACUAAUUGAGUAUAAUGAUUCCAUGACACGUCCUGACCAUUGUCACAUCGGACUUGUUUGUCAAAUGUUAAUAUUCACUCUGGUCCAUAUCGUUUCAAAAAUCCAAAGCUUUCUACUGGUCCAUUUAAAUGAAAUGCCAGGGCAAAUUGAAUUUUGAAUUUAUCUAAAAACUGGACCAAUAAUUACUGACCAUUAGCAGCUAACCUAGUUUUUUUUUAAAUUGAAUAUAAAGCACCUCAUUGGCAGAUUUAAAUAGAAAAGUAGGUCAAAUUUUUUUAUUUUGAAAACAUGUUUUUGUCAAACUUAACCCCAACCUAUGUACUAUUUCCUGGUUUGAUGGAUUUGAAUUUGUUCCAGCUACUGGAAUUAUAAUGGUAGAGAUUUGAAUCUGUUCCACCUAGUGGAGUUAUAAUGGUGGAGAUAUAAUUCUGCUUUACCUAGUACAGUGGUUAGCAAAUUCAUUAGUCAAAAGAGCCAAAAAUCAACAGCAGGACAACUAAACAAAAUUUUGAGAGCCAAUUUUUUUUUCCAAAACCUGUCAAGAACCUUUUUUUUAGAGUCAAACCGACAUGUGGCCGUUGUUCGAGCCGCACUCAGGUCACUAAAGAGCGGCUAGCCAGCCGCAAUUUGCCGACCACCCACUGACCUAGUGGAUUGAAAGUGGUGAUGAUCUAGAUCUGUUCCAUAAAUGAAAACAAUAUAUGUUGACCUUGAAUUAUAAUUGGACCAAAGAAACUUCAAACAUUUUGGAAAAUGCCUUCAGUAUAUUAAUAAAAAACAUUAAUAUAAUUAUAAAUUAAAUUUAAAUAAUAUAUGUAUAUCCUUCCUGUAUCUAAAAAAUGUAAAAGAAAAGAAUAUGAAUGGCAAAAUUUCCUUAUGAAAACAAAGAUCAGAAAAAUGGAAAGAAAGUGGGUGUAAGUACAAUAUAAAAACCAAAGAGGAAAAAAACAGCAGCUGUGUAAAAUUGUAAAUUUGGUUUAUUCAGGAUGAAGGCACUGAAUGUUGAUUGCAUGCAGCAGGCCUGCACAAAAUACGGCCCGCGGGCCACAUGCAGCCUGCCAGCAUCCACUUUGUUACCUGCAAAGAAACGAAAUUCUUAUUAUUUUCUUAAUAGCAAUCCCCCCUGUCCUAUUUUCUUUUGGCCUGCACAAGUCCUGUCCUAUUUUCUUUUGGCCUGCACAAGUCCUGUCCUAUUUUCUUUUGGGGACGUGUUCAGGACAGGAUAAAAGAAAACCGGACGUGUUCAGGAGUCCUAUUUUCUUUUGGCCUGCACAAGUCCUGUCCUAUUUUCUUUUGGCCUGCACAAGUCCUGUCCUAUUUUCUUUUGGCCUACACAAGUCCUGUCCUAUUUUCUUUUGGCCUACACAAGUCCUGUCCUAUUUUCUUUUGGCCUGCACAAGUUUUUUUAUAAAUUAUGACAGCCUGCUUUACAUUUUGAGUUGUGCAGGCUUGGCAUACACUAUAAACCAAAUUCACAAUUCAUUUUCUAUAGAUAAUUCCUGAAUUGUAAUAACCCAGGCCUGAUUUUAACCUACUCGGUAUGGUCUCAAAAUGCCUGGACCGUGUUUUAAAAAACUUCACCUGAAUCAGCCCUUAUGUUAAGUACAUGUAUUACUACUUGAAGAAUUUUUUUUUUUUGUAUGCCAAAAGGUGGCCCUAUAGGAAUUUCUCAAAAGUCCUUCCAAUGUCUGAUAAAAAAUUUUAAAACUUUUUUACCAGAUAUUCUAACAAUUUUAACCUGAUGCUAGGGCUGCAAGUAAAAAAAAUAUUCUACAACACACUGACUCUCCAGCUGUAUAUUUAUGUUAUAUUAAGAAAUGGCGUCAGCGGGCCGUCGAGCUUGCCCUCUUUAUGCCCUCCCCAAAACACUCCUCCCCAACCCGGUAUCGGGCCGCGGAACGUCGUGGAUGUCCCUUUGUCAGGACAGCCCCCACCCGAGUCUGCUCAACCAGGGUCUCCGCCGGGGGCCGUCCUAACCCAAAGACACCCAGUCAGUCCGACACUGUGUUUGCACACAGUGCACACGAUCGGCUUUCUCAGGACUCGGGAUGGAAAAAUUUACGCCCUAAUAUCUUCCCCCACCCAUCCCGGGGAAGCGUUAGACGCCCUAUAAGAGGGAUUCUACAGUGGGUUUCCGCAACGCAACUAAUUUGCGAUGUAGUUGGGAUGAAGCUGUAUAUUUAUCAAUCAGUAAAUCCAUCAAAACAUUGUUUUAAUAUCACCUUUGUUUGCGUCCCUGACAGGCCCUAACCAUGAACAAUGAGUCCAAGAAAGAUUCAACGGCUGGAGAAAUUGUCAACUUGAUGUCUGUGGACUGUCAGAGAGUGCAGGACGUCAUGAACUUUUUCUUCUUUGCCUGGACAACCCCACUGCAGGUCUUUUUUAAAUUUACUCCAACACGAGGCCUUGUGUCAAAUGGUGGCAUCAUAGACCAUUGAGAGUGUGCCUUGUGUCAAAUGGUGGCAUCAUAGACCAUUGAGAGUGCGCCUUGUGUCAAAUGGUGGCAUCAUAGACCAUUGAGAGUGUGCCUAUGAUGUGUAGGAAACAAUUUGUAUUCAAAACAUGUAUAGAACAAAUUUCAAACCCUUGAAAAAUUUUAGUCCAUUUUUAUGUAUGGACAACAUAUGUAUGUUUUAAAUCUGCAUCGCAAUUCUUUGAAGAUUUCUAGAUAUCUGUGAUAACUAACUAGAAGUCUAUGAUAACUAACUAGAUAUUUGUUAUAACUAACUAGAUAUCUGUGAUAACUAACUAGAUAUCUGUGAUAACUAACUAGAUAUCUGUGAUAACUAACUAGAUAUCUGUGAUAACUAACUAGAUAUCUGUGAUAACUAACUAGAUAUCUGUGAUAACUAACUAGAUAUCUGUGAUAACUAACUAGAUAUCUGUGAUAACUAACUAGAUAUCUGUGAUAACUAACUAGAUAUCUGUGAUAACUAACUAGAUAUCUUUGAUAGCUUAGCUGAGAUGUUGCCCUUUACAAAAUGUGCAGUUAAACACCACCUUGCCUGCCUUUCAUCCCAAAUAGUUGGACCAAUUUUUCUUGGUUAAAACAUGACUAUCACUAUACCAAUUGGUGAUAACUAUAGCUGUGCUGUGCCAAUACUUCCUUAUGUUUCAAUGACCAGGUUGUCAUAGCCAUAGCUGUUCUGUACCAGUACAUCGGUUUCUCUGUGUUUGCCGGCCUGGCUGUGCUGCUUCUCACUGUCCCCUUCAACUCCUACAUAGCGGCCAAGCAGCAGACAUUGCAGGUGGAAAAUCUCAAGUACAAGGACGCGAGGCUCCGUUUGACUAAUGAGGCUCUGUGUGGCAUGAAGGUUGGUGAAACUGAAACAUUCCAAUAGUUUGGGUUUAAAUGAAUAACUGUUUCUUGCAUUCAAAGAUUCCUACUUUUUUUCUCUGUUUCACAUUCCUUCGGCACACCCACCACUGUUGUUGCCCUACUUUGUCUGUUACUGUUCAACUGGUAUAUAAAUAGUGGCUCCCAUCAGCCCAAAAACUUGUAUAUAAAUAGUGGCUCCCAUUAGCCCAACACUUUUCAAAAGCCACUACUUAAAUAUGAAUAUUCUGUUAUAAUGACCCCAGCCAAACAGUUUAUAAUUUGCAAUGGAAAUGGAAUUAACCCUUCUCAACUAUAUUCUUAACUUGAUAACAUAAAUUUGGCUUAAGUUCUUUUUACCUGGAUUAGAUGGGUUUAAGUUUAAUUCAGUUGUUAGGAAAAUUGCCUUAUAUAAUAGUCAUUUUUCUCCCCAGAAUUCCUCCUUUAUCAUUUUAGGUUGCCCUCGCUCAUCAUAUUUCAUCGGAUCACAUCCUGCUUGCGUGUAUAAUUUUUUUUUUUUUUUUUGCUGUCGAGGCAUCAGCUUAUCUUUCUCAUUGUCUUUGAUAUCACGUGUUGAAACUUUACGCCUGGGAGCCCCCGUUUCACAUUUUUUUUGGAUCACAUCCUGCUUGCGUGUAUAAUUUUUUUUUUUUUUUUUGCUGUCGAGGCAUCAGCUUAUCUUUCUCAUUGUCUUUGAUAUCAGGUGUUGAAACUGUACGCCUGGGAGCCCCCGUUUCACAACAAGAUCUCUGAGAUACGUGGCCAGGAGACCAGGGUUCUUCUCAAAAUUGCCUACCUCAAUGUUCUCAUAAGUGUUUGCUUCAAUGCCGCCCCUUACCUGGUAAGAGAAUUGUCCAUUUUAGGCAGUGGUCCUCAAGGGCUGUUGAGAAUGAUACCCUGAAAGAUUUGUUUUUUUUUAAAGGUUUUGUGUCACCCACAGAUGUUUAUUUAAAAUUAAAAGCCAAGUUAUAUUUACUGUGGGGCAAGGGAUGAAAAGACAUAGUUUUGGAAAACUCUGAACUUAUUUAAAUUUUGAAUAUCAAUUUUGUUGUUCAAACUAAAUCAAUGUCUUUAUUUUAAAUGAUGGUGAUGUCAUUAGUAAAUAGUACAGAUUAUUCCACCCAAAUGCAGUGACUAACUCUUCAGCUCAAACCACUAGUAGUUUCCCUAUAAAAACUUUGUCCUAUAACAGCAUUGCCCCAUAAAAUAAUAGCCCUGGGGGAUCAUUGCCCACCAUAAACUGUUCUAUUAACUGCUUGUUAUGAGUAUUUUGUAAUUGUAAUAGCUUUCAAAUUUUUAUAUUUUAUAGUUAUUGCUAGUUACUGAUCAGUAAGACAGACUUACUAAUUAUUUGUUUAUAACUCUGGUUGUCCUGGCACAACAUUAGUAUAUCACUAUGUCAGCCUCCACUGACACUAGAUUAGACAAUGCUAAUUAUUGAUUGGUAAAACAGACUAAUUGAUUUUGUCUACAUCCCAAUGUCACAGGUUAUGCUGGCAACCUUUGCUGUGUAUGUCACCAUGUCAGAGGACAACCACUUGGAUGCCAACAAGGCGUUUGUAGCACUGAGCUUUUUCAACCUCCUUAGAGUUCCCUUGGCUCUACUCUCCACCAUCAUUUCCAUGAGUGUUCAGGUAAUGGUUAUUGUUCUUUGUAUGUAGCCAUAGUUACUUAAAGCCCACUGCAACAGCCCAUGGGCACUGCCAUCUCUGGUUAUGUAUGUGAUUGGUUUAAUGACAACAUGAAAUAGGGACAUUGCCCGUCAGGAACUUCAUGGGACUCAAUUUGAUGGGAUAGGCUUAAAACCCAAUUUAAUUUUUACUUUUUAAUCCUUGUAGAUUUUUUAUUUAUUUUUUGGUGAAAAGGGAUGUUUUUUUCCUUUUCCUAGUUUUAGUCUGUGGUUUGGGUGAUGAAAGCGAUUGUUGGCAUUAGACCAGGGGUUUAUACAAAUGACGUUACAUUGGUUGCCUUCCCUAAGUUGUUACUUGUAACUUGACCACAGUUUUCAGUUGUCUCUGCCUUCAGUUCUAGGUAACCUUUACCUUUCUGUCUGCUGGAGCUGCUCCACUGCUUAAAUAGCACAAAUGAAUAUUUCUUCCUUGUCUCAAUAGUAUUAGUGACCUGUGCAGAUCUUCCUUACUCAGGUGUAUUAUGGUGUCAAAUUAGGAAGAAAAAAUCUUAUUCAAACUGUAGUGUUUGUGUCAGAAAAUAGCUGCACAUAUAUUGUAUGAGAAUAGGCAUUAGGCCUGGAGAGUUGAAGUGAGGCUUCAAAUGAAGGACAAAUCAUUACUUACCUAAGUUAACAAUUUAAAUAUACUUUUUUUUAAUGAAUUUUAAUCUCAAACAUAUCUGGUCUUGUUUAUGUUGUGAUCUUUAAAAAGCCAAACUCAUACACGUUUCUUUAGAGUAUUUUGAUUGUGAGACUCAUUUCCGCCAAAAAAGGACAUUCUGUCUUUGUUUGAGACCACUUGGCCACAGCCCUUUUUUUUUUUGUGUGUACAGCAUACUUAUCUCUUUUAUCUGAUAGCGAUAGCAGAAGUGCCCUUGAGUGAACUCCCGUCACAAAUGAGCCUUUGAGAUGGUAAUGAAAAUUGUCUUGUUUACACCAUAUCAAGUGCUAGCACCCACUUAGAGCUGAACACCCCCCCAACCCCGCCCCUUCUUAAGUCUCAUUCUCAAUUAUUUAACAGCUUGUUUGCCACCCUUGUCAACUUGGCCUGUCAAGUUGACCCAUCAAUCUGGCCUGUCAAGUUGACCCAUCAAUCUGGCCUGUCAAGUUGACCCAUCAAUCUGGCUUGUCAAGUUGGACCAUCAAUUUUGCCUAUCAAGUUGGCCCAUCAAUUUGGCCUGUCACUUUGGCCUGUCAAGUUGGCCCAUCAAGUUGGCCUGUCAUGUUGGUCCGUGAAGUUGCCCUGUCAAGUUGGCCUGUCAAGUUGGCCUGUAAAGUUGGCCUGUAAAGUUGGCCUGUAAAGUUGGUCCGUCAAGUUGGCUCAUCAAGAUGGCCCAUCAAGUUGGCCCCUCAAGUUGGCCUGUCAUGUUGGCCAGUCAAGUGGGCCUGUCAUGUUGGCCAGUCAAGUGGGCCUAUCAUGUUGGCCUGUCUAGUUGGCCAGUCAAGUUGGCGACUGUUGUCAAACUUUGGUGGUUACUGUAUCUCUGAAUGAAUUCUCUCCCAAUUGUAACAUAUGGCUGGAGAAGACAUCAACUCUAGUCCAUCAAUAUUGCUUUUUAAAUUUUAAAACACUCCUUUAUAACAAGUAUGUACUUGCAUACUAGGGGUGGAAAGGUGUACCAUUAUAUGGGGGAUGGGGAGAAUUGUACCAUUAUAUCCGAUAGUGGAAAGUAGAGAUUAUGACAGUGUUUGGAAGGUGUACUAUUCUAUCAAGGGUUGGAAGGUAUACCAUUAUAUCCGAUGGUAGAAAGUAGGGCUUAUGACAGUGUUUGGAAGGUGUACUAUUCUAUCAAGGGUUGGAAGGUAUACCAUUAUAUCCAAUGGUAGAAAGUAGGGCUUAUGACAGUGUUUGGAAGGCGUACUAUUCUAUCAAGGGUUGGAAGGUAUACCAUUAUAUCCGAUGGUGGAAAAAAGGGUUUAUACCUGGGAUGAGAAGGUGUGUCUUGUAUAAAUUUUUUUAGUGUGGAAAAGUGCAUGACCCAACAUGGUUUAACUAUCAGUAUGAUCCCAUCAACAGGCUGUAGUAUCAAUUGAAAGAAUCAAUGCAUUUUUGUGCACUGGGGACCUGAGGCCAGACAAUGUCGUUAAAGACAGCAGAGCUAGUAAGGGUUAUCUAUUCUUUGUCUAAAUGUGUUGAUAAAUUGUUGAUAGAGUAACACUUUUUAAAGAGUUUUUUUUUUGUUACUCAUUGAUUAAAUGAAUGGAUAAAUCAAGUUCAUUUUAUUGACUCUUGUUCCAGUUGUUACAUUCAAACACUUUGGAGAUUUUAAGUCUAGUAACUGUAGGAAAAGUUAAAUUUGUAUUGUUCUGGUGAAAAAGUCAAGACUUUCUGGGAUGAGACUAAAAAUUAUAUGUUGUUUGCACUGGGUUCAUAAUUUUGGUUACAGCUUGGUCCUGCUAACACACAGAUGUUUAAAUAAGAAAAUAAAUAUUUUUAACAAACAUCAUUUUCUCUUUCUAGAUUUUGCCAUUGAGGUUGAGAAUGGAUUUUUUACCUGGGACAAGUCGGCGGGACCUACAUUAAGAAAGUAAGGACAGCAUAGCCCACAACCCAGUACUACAAACACUGAGUACUGGGACACACCAAACACUGAGUACUGGGACACAUCAAACACUGAGUCUUCUAACACAAGAACAUCUUGGCAUUUUAAUUUAAAUUAAACAACCUCUAAAAACUAACUUUUUCUUAUAAAUCCUUUAUAAAAAUCUACGCCCUUUAUAAGCAUCAGAUAUAGUGCUCUCCCCCCCCCCCCAAAGGCUCACAACCAACAUAUUUUUUCAAGCUCCUGAAAUACAUUAAUAUUGCAAUGACCCACCCGCUUUUACACUUCAGAUUUAUUUCACCAUUUCAGAAAGGCAAAAGAAAACAUUACUCACCAAACACACUUGCGACAUUUUUUUAAAAAGAAUCUCAUUUAGCGCAGAUAUCGGGUUGUUUUGUUUCUGGUGUGAAAUCAAUGUCCUCAUAUUUCCUUCAUUUUCCCUUGAAAACCGGGAAAAACUGGUUGUUGGAAGUUGGGGUUGGGGCUGAAAAUUUGAUAGAAUAUGUUGUCAUCGGCAACGAGUCUUUAUGUGCCAAGUUUCAGCUUGAUAGGUUGAUGGGAAGUGGAUCAAUUAGCCAUCCUAAGAUUUUGCCAGCCACGAACAAAAGCAAAGUUAAUAUAAAGGAUUAAAAAAACCACUGACUACUGUGAAAUAGCUAUUGUUAAAAAUAGAGAAUUUUACAUGGUAAUAUGUUAAACUGUUUAAAAAAAAUGUUUUUUUCUUAAACCAGCCAAUAAAUUAACAACCUCUCUCAAUAAAGCAAUGCCUUAACUAAAUGUUAAUGCCUAUACACUACAGGUAUCACUCACUGACCAUCAUUAUUGAUUGCUGCUUUUUCCAUGGGCACAUUUAUAUUAUUUCAUUCCAGUAGUAGUCUAAAUAUUUGGGAUAUCUUUUUACUGGCAUACUUGUAAUCACUGUCAAAAUAACACAUUAUCCUUUUUAAUUGCUUAUUAUCCUUACAGCAUCAAUUUGAGAAUCCCUGAGGGCAAGCUGUAUGCUGUUGUGGGACCUGUGGGUUGUGGCAAGAGUUCCCUUAUGUCUGCACUGCUGGGUGAAAUGGAGAGGUUGUCUGGCACUGCUUCAAUAAAGGUACUCAUCAUUUCUGAUCAAAUUGAUUUCAUUUUGCUCAAGUCUUCUACCAACAAAAAGUCCCGUACUUUAAUGGUUCAAAUAAUAAUAUUUUGGGUGGAGCUACUUAAGUUUGAAUCAAUACGAACAAAAUUAUGUUUUAUUAGGUAUGAAAUACAAGCUUGGGAGCUGUUGGGUACGUUGUAGAAACGGAUAACCAAACUCCAAAAAAUAAUAAGGGGUUGGCAAAAAAAAUUGUAUAACAUCAUAUCAUCCAACCCUAGGACACUGAUGUUGGUUCCUCAUCACGAGCCAAGGUGCAUCAAUGUCCUGAUCUUCCUAUUGGAAACAUGUAUUAUCAUAAGGAUGCUCUGUGUAUUUAAAUAACUUAAUCUCUUGCAGAGCAAGCUUGCCUACGUGCCCCAGCAGGCGUGGAUCCAGAAUGCCACAGUGAAAGACAACAUCCUGUUUGGGAAACCUUUCAGCAAGAAGAGGUACAAGAAGGUCAUCUCUGCUUGUGCCUUAGAGAGGGACUUGGAGAUUCUCUCGGCUGGGGACAUGACAGAGAUCGGUGAAAAGGUAUUUUGUCAAACAUGUGCCGACAUGUUGGAGUUUAGUGAAAAAGAUAUUUUGUUGAUAAAUUUCUGAACAUUUUGGAGUUUGCUGAAAAAGGUAUUUUGUUGAUAAAAGUAAAUGUAUGCAUGUGUAAGCAUAAUAUGUGAGAUAUUUGACUCUGUGAGAUUCAUAAAAUGAAAUAUUUGAAAUAUGGUAUUCAUAAAAUGAGAUUUUGAAACUGUGAAAUUGAUAAAUUGAGAUAUUUGAAAAAUAUUCAUAAAAUGAGAUAUAUGCAACUCUGAGAUUGAUUAAAUGAGUAAUUUAAAACUUUUGGAUUCCUAAAAUGAGAUUUUUGAUAUAUCGAGAUUGAUCAAAUGAGACAUCUGAAACUGUGAGAUUGAUCAAAUGAGAUAUUUGAAACUGAAGAAUUAAUAAAAUGAUAUAUUUGAAGCUCUGAGAUUCAUAACAAAAUGUGAGGUCUGAAAAAUGUUUUGGGGUUCAUGUACUGUGUUGCCAACAUUCCCCCUGACAUAAUCCACCUUCUGUACAUAGUCACCCAAGACAGUGUAGCUUUCCUUAUCUGAAUUGUGCACUCUACAAGCCAUCUGUUUGAAGGCUGUUCUUGUUAUAUGAACUGUAUUAGGGUGCCACAAUGUGCAGGACUUGUGGUGUCACAGGUGAAGUCAAACAGAUGAAUGCGUGGUGUUGUUCACCACUUCAGAUGGACAAAUCAACAAUAUAUUUCUUUGUUUUGCUUUGAUGAAGCUCUUUUCAUUUAUGACACCUGCUGUUAUUUCUGCUAUCUUCUAUUCCUUGACGCAAAUGACACGUUGCUUCUUGUCCCCAGGGGAUCAACUUGAGUGGAGGACAGAAGCAGAGGGUCAGCUUGGCCCGGGCCGUGUACAGCAACGCCGACAUCUUCAUCUUUGAUGACCCCCUGUCUGCUGUGGACACACAUGUUGGCAAGCACAUAUUCAACAAAGUCAUAGGCCACAAAGGCAUGCUCAAAGGAAAGGUACGUGGACGAAAACUCAGUUAUUGAUCAGUAACAGAACAUUGAACACUAGCGGAAGGUCAUGCCCAUUUACCCAAUAACAAGCCACACUGUGAACAUUAAAUCCUCAUAGUGGAGAAAAUGAACAUAAAUGUCAGUGGUCAGCUGCUUUGAUAGUGCCUGGAGUUAAAAUAUCGGAUGAAUUUUGGCUGAUGACAUAAAAAUGGACAGAUAGAGGCAAUAGAUUAAACCCUCCAUGCUGGGGUUUGAUACCACUAUGCUCGGGACUUCAACCCUCCUUGCUGGGGGUUGGUACCUUCCAUGCUGGGGGCUUAAAUCCUUCUUGCUGGGGGUUGAUACUUUCUAUGCUGGGGACUUGAAACCUUCAUGCUGAGGGUUGAUACCCUCCUUGCUGGGAGUUGAUACCUUCCAUGCUGGGGGUUGGGGUUGAUACCUUCCAUGCUGGUGGUUGAUACCUUCCAUGCAGGGGGUUGAUACUCUCUAUGCUGGGGUUUGAUACCCUCCAUGCAGGGGGUUGAUACUCUCUAUGCUGGGGGUUGAUACCAUUCAUGUAGGGGGUUGAUACCUUCAAAGUACAUGACAUGAAUAAUCUUCAGCAGUCUCACAGCUCACAGCAGAUUACCAACCUGUAUCCCCAUGGUAGAAAUGUUGGUCGGGUCGCCAGUCAGUGCGAUGGUUAUGAUAAUUUAAAAACUAUUUUAAUCAUUUCCUUCACAUGCAUGUUAAACUAACACUUGACUCGGCUGUACUGUUAUUAAAGAAUUAAAACACUCCCUACCAUCUGUGCAGACCAGAGUUCUUGUGACCCAUGGGGCUCACUGGCUACCCAUGGUGGACUCCAUCAUGGUGCUGGAGAAUGGGGAGAUCAGAGAGUCUGGAAGCUAUGAGGACCUUAUGUCCCACAACGGAGCCUUUGCAGAGUUCAUCAAAACCUACCUCCUUCAGGGAGACAAGGAUGAGGAAACUGAUCCAGAGAGUAAGUCAGGGAUUCUCACAUUGUUAAUGGCUUACACUGCUGUUGGGCAAGUGUUCCAAAUGUUUCAACUUAAGGUACUUAAAUUUUGAACUAUUUAUAAAGUUUCUGAAUUCUGGACUCUGGAUUAAUGUCUGCAGUGGAAUGGUCAAAUAAAGUUAUAUUACAGGUUUGUCUGAUCAGCUCACAAUAAAAGGUUUGCCUUGUCAGAUCAAACAAUGAAAGGUUUUUCUUCACACUUAUUGUAAAUAAAAUUUUAUAAAACUAUCCUAAAAUAUACAUUAUCAUUGAAAUAGUUUUUGGUUUUCUUAAAAAUAACAGGGUUUUAGCCAUUGGUAAAUUCUAAUUUUAAAAAAAAAUAAUAUGUUCUUGACUUAAAAACAAGACUAAUUAGAGAAAAGUGAUGUUUGUAGUUUAGGGUGACCAAACGUCCCAUAAAAACGGGAUGUCCCGUUUUUUCAGGAUCGUACCAGGUGUCCCAAAAAAGUCUCUCGGGACUCCUAAAUGUCCCGUUUCUAAAACCAAACACAUUUUCACAUAUUAGUUAAGAAUGAGGUUUUAACAAUGGCUUGGACAGCAGCCAAAUAUCCUAAAUUUAAAUCCUAGACUACAGAAAUUUAUAUUGUUGUGUUGUAUUAUUUUUUUAAAUAUGUAUAAAUAGAUAAAGUAUUCACUGAAAAAUUAUUGUUUUCAUUUAUGAUAUGCCUCAGAGUUUAAAUUAAAUUACAAAAGUGAAGGUAAAUUUAAAAAGAUUUCUAGGUCUCAAAAUAGUUAAGCUGAGCAUAUUUCAAUAAACAGUGCUGGCGGAGGCCCCGAACCACUCUUUUCCUGGAGGGUACCCCCCCCCCCCCAAACCCCCCUUGGGUGCGUCCCGUUUUUUUUCCAGAUCAUGAUUUGGUCACCCUAUUGUACUUGGCCUCAGCUCAGCUUUGUUUCCAUGUUAUAUUUAGUCCAAGCCAUGACAUCUAAAAUCUGGAAUGAUGUUGAAACUGCAACAUCUGAUGCCACCUCAGGUGAUGAUGGCCAAGCCAGACCCGCUCGCCUUCCAGGCAGGUAGGUGUCCUCCUAUGUAAACUUGUUACUGUGUAAUUCUUAGAACCCAUUAAAAUAGAGUGAAGUUUGUCCUAAAACCUAAUUGCACCUGCUCAGAGAGGCACUUAGUGGUGUUGGCUCAUCAGCUUUUGAAAGUAAAAUGUGUUUUAAUGCAAUGGACGUAAUGGUUGCUUCAAUGAAUGAGAGACCAUCUUUUGCUGACCCUCAUAAUAAAAUCUUUUCAACCAAUGACCUCUAAUUAUACAGGCUGCCCAUCCCAUUUGAUCAAUAUUAAUAGAAAUGAUUAGAUUUAAAGCCCACUGCCAUUAGAACGCUGGCACUAGAAAUAAUCAGAUUUAAAGCCCACUGCCAUUAGAACGCUGGCUCUAGAAAUGAUUAGAUUUAAAGCCUGCUGCCAUUAGAAUGCUGGCAAUAGAAAUUAUUAGAUUUAAAGCCCACUGCCAUUAGAACGCUGGCUCUAGAAAUUAUAAGAUUUAAAGCCCACUGCCAUUAGAACACUGGCACUAGAAAUAAUCAGAUUUAAAGCCCACUGCCAUUAGAACGCUGGCUCUAGAAAUUAUUAGAUUUAAAGCCCGCUGCCAUUAGAAUGCUGGCACUAGAAAUUAUUAGAUUUAAAGCCCACUGCCAUUAGAACGCUGGCUCUAGAAAUGAUUAGAUUUAAAGCCCACUGCCAUUAGAACGCUGGCACUAGAAAUUAUUAGAUUUAAAGCCCACUGCCAUUAGAACGCUGGCUCUAGAAAUUAUAAGAUUUAAAGCCCACUGCCAUUAGAACACUGGCACUAGAAAUAAUCAGAUUUAAAGCCCACUGCCAUUAGAACGCUGGCUCUAGAAAUUAUUAGAUUUAAAGCCCACUGCCUUUAGAAUGCUGGCACUAGAAAUGAUUAGAUUUAAAGCCCACUGCCAUUAGAACCCUGGCACUAGAAAUGAUUACAUUUAAAGCCCACUGCCUUUAGAAUGCUGACAAUAGAAAUGAUUAGAUUUAAAGCCCACUCCCUGAAAAGUCCUAAGACUAAUGGAAAAGCUUCCAUUUGUAUUAUUAUGUUUAUUUUGCUCACCUUCUAUUGUGAAAGUAAACGGAAACAAUGGGAUUGGAGAAGCAAUGGCUCAUUCAUUUUCAAAUACCCUCUAACUAGCACAAGCCUCGCUGAUACUGACUUUUACAAUGAUCAAACUAUGGAGAGGCCAUCAAGUCCAAGCUUGGAUGAGUUUGAAGACCUUGACGAAAUUACUCUGUUUGUGGAUUACUCCAGCAAGACUCUGUAUGUGGACUAUGCCAGCAACCAACUGAAGGCACCAACUUAUUCUUUGUAUUCAGAUGAUACAAGUUUGUCUCAGAAGGAUGGCUCACUGGUCAUACAUGCAUCUUGCACUGGCACAAUGACAGGGGGGGAAGACAAAAAUCUAUCAAAGUCAACAGUACAGUCAGAAAUGGAAUGUGUUCAACCAGGCUCACCAAAAGUGAAAGACCUGGAAAUUUGGGCCUCAGUUGAUGAGGAGACCUCUCAUGCUAGUACAGUUAGAACUUUUGAGGGAAAGCCAGACAAUUUUCAAGUAAUCUUAUCAGUAAAAGAUGUCACUUUGUCUGGAGAGUGCAAGGCUCAAGCUGAAGGUGCAUCUCUUGCCAGUGGAGCUGCAGUGGAAACAUCUCCAGACAAUGAAUUAGCGGCUGGUGUUUCUAAGAAUGGACAUGAAUCCAAACAAGAGUCAACAGAGGUGAUGUCUGAAAAGUUUUUGCUGUCCUCCUCAUCAUCAACCAAGACUUUGUACACUCCUGAUUCCUCCAUGUCAUCUGAUGAGUACAUCUUGGCAGCAGUGCCGGAGGCCUCACAGACCUAUCAGGAUCUCACACAGCUGGGCAACAGUUACCUGUCUACCAUGGCCGCCCGGAAAUCACUGCAUUCGGUGCCUGUCUCCGUGGAACCACCACCGCAACAGACAGCAGCGCAGGCAUUCAACUCUCAUGUGGGGAAGUCGAUCUCUGCUGCUGGUUUGCCCAGCUUUCAAUCUGCCUUUCAGAAACCCUUUGGUAAGAUUCUUAAGCCUGGUGAGAAAGCCACAUCAAUGUUUGGAUUCCCCACACCCGGUGCAGACAGAGCAGCUCAUCCGGCUUACACCUCUACACCAUUUGACAUCAACUUUUCAGAAACAAUGAGCACAGCAGGAAAAGGCAGCAGAGCCACAGGGACCACAUUCCUGGUGGCCUCUCAGGACCUGUUGGAAGAAUUAGGACAAUCUUCAGGGAGAGUGGUACGAAAGCAGACCUCAGUGUCCUUGGAUAUGAUUGACUCUGUGGCUGACUGGUCACGGAUGGAUAAAAUACCAUUGACAAGCAACAGUGACCCUACAAAUACUGCAUUUUAUGAGGCCAGGUCAGGGGUCUUCAGUCCAAGCCAGGGGUAUUCCCCUGACACCUGCACACCUAGCUCAAGGCGCUCAUCCAAUGUCAGCUUCCAGCUCAGUAGGAGGCCAAGUGUUCAUAAGGAGUCAGUAGAGACACUUUGCUCGCUUCUGUUUCUUUUUCCCUAACAUUUAAUAAUAAAUUGUUAAUCUCUGUUUGAGACCUACUUAACACAAAUAGCAUCAUCAAGUUCUAUCAUCACAGCAACUUGUGAUGUUCUCAUGACUAACAACAAAAGCAUGUGUUAUUUCUCAAGCUAAGAGUUCGGAACAUGGACUCCUCUAAGACUUUAUUUGAUGCAAUAUGCUCACACGGCAUGAGACAAAUUUGCAGUGUUCAUUAACCAAACUUAACAAAGAAACUUGUAACAGGAAUGAUUGUCUUGAUUGACUUGUAGCCUGGACGUCUUGAUUGAACUUAUCGAUGCAUGGUUGGGUUCUUGACAUGGACGGAUGUGUUAAUACUUGAUUGAUAACAAUUCUUAUCUCAUAUUUGUUUUAGGAUAACUUUGAUUGAUAUUUUAUUCUGUUGUUCAUCUUCAACUUUGAACUAAUUAAACUAACAAUAUUUACCAUACAUAAACUAUAUAAACUAUACUUAAAUUUUCUGAAGAUAUUUAAGACUAAUGUUAUCCCCCAGGAGGUCAACUGCAUUAAAAAUCCAUUUUAUAAGACAAUUCAAACUUAUUUGCACUUUUAUGGUAACACUUCUGAAAAUUGUGAGGGGGGAAUAAAUUGAAAUCAUGAUUAAUCAUUUUUUAAAAUAAUCUUUUAGGUCUAGCAAUCUCUUCUAUUAAUUUAGUAAUACACUUCUGGCAAUGCACUUAGAUUUUUCAGAUGGGAUGAAUUAAUCUAAUUAUAAAGCCAUAGUAUAAAAUCAGAUGACUGAACAUAUUUUAAUUCUUUGAAUAACUUCCAUUCUUAUGUUUUACCUCCCAAAGACGCACAAUGUCAAUGACAUAUGAGUCCUCCAUGACAACGUCACUCUUGAUGCACUCACAAACUGUCAUUUAUGAAGAGGAAGACAAGGGAGGUAAUGCUUUAGGAAAACUGGUGCAGGCAGAGAAACUAGAGAAGGGCAAGGUUGGUAAACCAGAUAAAAUCUUUCUUUAAUAUAUUUAGUAUUGAUUUGGUCAAGUUUAAAAUGUCAAGUGAUGACGCAGUAUUAUUUAGGUUAGCUGGCUUCUUCCUUUUACACAUUACAGUACAUCACAACACAUUACAUCUCAUGACAGCACAUUAGAACACAUUACAACAUUAAUUCAUUUUACAAAUUAGAAAUAGAGAUGGGAGUCGAACCGAACGCACCAAACUCGAACCGUGCUGAUGACCAAACUCAAACUGAACCCAAACCCUGCGGAAGGCGAAACCCAAAUUUCAACGUCACUGAGUUCGCACCAACCCAAACUUACUCAUAUUGUUAAAAAAACAAACAAAAUUGGAAUUGUGUAUAAAUCUAAUGCACAUUGUGUAACAGAAGUCUCAGCAAGCAUUCUAGGUUAGAAAUAUUGAUCAGACAUUCCAUGUCCUUUCAAUAAGCGUCCUUUUUUUUUAACCGAAACAUUAAUGUCCCACAUGUUAUGCUGAUACCUGGUAAACACAGGUCUAUCAAAUAUAUUAAAUCAUUCAUUUUUUUCUUGUCCCUUGUGUCCAGGUGAAGAUGGCCGUUUUCUGGGCCUACAGCAAAGCUUCAGGGACCUGCGCCAUUGCUAUAUCCUUCCUAUUCUUUGCAUUGUUCCAAGUGGCCAGUGCCUGGUCAAACUUUUGGUUGACUGACUGGACAGAUGACCCUUACCUGGCCAACACGAGCCACCUUCACACGAAUGAGUACAAGGAGAAAAAUGACUUUUACCUUUGGAUUUUUGGUGUGUUUGGUAUUGCUCAAGGUAGGUAACUGUGAGACCAAAACCGAAGGCUUGUUUCCAAGGUAUCCAUCUUACUGUUGAUGCCACGUAGAGAAAUACCAUAACAUUAUGUCAUUUAUGAUAGUUAUACUUAUGGUCUUUUUGUCAUUUGAUUAUAGGUGGACUAUCUAAAAGACUUCAUGUUAUAUGGUAUUUUUGUCAUUUGAUUAUAGGUGGACUACCUAAAAGACUUCAUGUUAUAUGGUAUUUUUGUCAUUUGAUUGUAGGUGGACUACUUAAAAGACUUCAUGUUAUUUUUUAGAUUAUGAUAAUUUGUAAAUUUUUGAAAAAUUAUACUGUGUAUUUUUUACUCAAAAAGUGAGCGAUUUAGAGAAACAAGUACUGAACAAAGAAAUCUUGAAACUAUUAUUCCCUGCAUGUCCUACAUCACUCAUUUCAUCUCUGUGAGUUAUUCAAGUUGAAAUAACUGAAUUGGCUGUGCUUCAUUUAUUUUAUUCAAAAGAAUGGUGAAAUGAAUAUAUUUUUGCUUCAACUUUCAUUGCAACAGUAGAUCUCAGUGUUACCAUAAGAGAGUACUUAUUUGAUGCAUGCACUUACGGUUGUUAGUUCUCUCCCUUUCCAGUGGCUUUCCUGACGGUUCACAAUAUUCUCUACUGGAUAAGGAUGGUGGUGGCAGCCAAGAGGCUCCACUAUGGCAUGCUGACGUCUAUAUUCAGGUCACCAAUGUCCUUCUUUGACACCACUCCGCUGGGUAGGAUUAUGAACAGAUUCUCUAGGGAUAUUGAGGUAAACAGAUACAUAGUGCUGCACAUGUGUUUGUGUGUAAAUAUAUAGGAUAUUUGAUAACAUGACAUACAGAGGUUCUCACCGUGUCUUCAUGAGGCACAGCUAAAGAUUUAUCCUUCAUCAGAUUUUCAAUUUUUUUGUGUGUGAAAAUAUUUUCAAAAUGUUAAAUGUAAAUUUACAUGAUUAUUUUCAUUGAACUCAAACAUUGACACAGGACAGUUAUGGCCUAAACUGACUGGUCUAAACCAGUCUGACUUGAAAACCCUUGUUUGAUAUUUAGUUGCUUUAUUUUGGUAAGGCAAGAAUCUCUGUUCCUAAUUUAAUAUUAUAAAACAUAAAUUAACAUCAAAUCAUUAAAAUCUGGCUAUUAAAUUUUUUUUUUUAUAAUGAGUUUUGAAUGUGUCACUUUAGCAGGACUCAAGAGUAAAGGCAUCAAUUAAGAGCCAACUGUACAGAAUUGUAGGAUACGUCAAAAUAGCUAAACCCCUCGUAUAGCUGUACAAAUUUACUGUUCUCAUUGUUGUUUUUUUUGCUAGUGCUCAUAAUGUGAUCUUCGAUGUCUGCAGCCUUGACAUUUGAUAUUCACUGUUACAGGUGGUCGACAACAACCUGCCAAUCAUUAUCCGUGACUACACCUCCACACUUUUCACCUGUCUCGUGACACUGAUCAUCAUCUCCAUGAGCACACCUCUGUUCCUGAGCCUGGUUGUCCCCAUCAUGUUACUCUACUAUCUGAUUCAGGUGAGUUUACACUUUUUUCACCUGUCUCAUGCACUCUGAUCAUCAUCUCCAUGAGCACACCUCUGUUCCUAAGCCUGGUGGUCUCCAUCAUGUUACUGUACCAUCUCAUUCAGGUUCGUUAUACUUAACAUUUCAAUCACAUUCAUGUUACCUAUAAAGCCCCAGGGAUAAUAGAUGGGUGUGAACAGAAAAAUUGAGCUAUUUACCAUAGAACAGUGGAUCCCAACUGGUGUUCUGUGGUUCCCUUAGUGCUCCUCACUCAAGUACUUUACAGUGGCUCCAUGGCCGCUCUAGGAAACUCCUAGGUCCAAGUACUAAACACCUUUAAAUUGUAAGACAUAGGGUAGGCUUGGUGAGUCAAAAAAAGGUUGGGAACCAUUGCCCAGUAACAUAAACUUGUUUUCAUAAGAAAUGUUUUUACCUUAAAACAUUAGUUCUCAACCUUCCUAAUGCCGCGACCCAUUAAUACAGUUCCUCAUGUUGUGGCAACCCCCCCCCCCCCCCCCCCCCCACCCUUAAAAUUAUUUUCCUUGCUACUUCAUAAUUGUGGGGUAUAUGUGUUUUCAGGUGGUCUUAGGCAACCCCUGGGUGUUAUCAAACAGUUUCUUUUCUUUUGCCAGGUUCAACUCAGAGAUGCUGUUGUAAUUAUUUUAUAAAUAUUUAUUAAUCCAUAUAAAUUACUUUUGAGACGUUUUGAUAGUGUUGAAAGUGUUAUUAGAAUUUGUUCUUGUCCAAUUAUUGUCCAAAACUAUGUCCAAGAACCUGAACAUCUAAGACCCCCCCCCUUUUUCCAACCCACCAAAGCCCUUUCUAGCAAGUCAAUAUGUUUCUAAUAAACAUUCCAGAACUUCUACCUUCCAACAUCAAGACAAUUGAAGCUGUUCUUGUCCAAUUAUUGUCCAAAACUAUGUCCAAGAACCUGAACAUCUAAGACCCCCCCCCCCCUUUUUCCAACCCACCAAAGCCCUUUCUAGCAAGUCAAUAUGUUUCUAAUAAACAUUCCAGAACUUCUACAUUCCAACAUCAAGACAAUUGAAGCGUAUUGAGUCUGUGACCAGGUCACCUAUCUACAGCCACUUUAGUGAGACCAUAUCUGGUGGGCCAACCAUACGAGCCUACGAAGCCUCUGCCAGAUUUAUCAAAGAGUCUAAGGCGAGGGUGGACAGGAACCAGUCAUUUUACUACAUCAGCCUGGCAGCCAACAGGUAUCAGUGUCAAUGCCACGGUGUCAAUGCCACGGUGUCAAUGCCACGGUGUCAAUGCCACGGUGUCAAUGCCACGGUGACAAUGCCACGGUGUCAAUAUUGUCUCUAAAGAUAGCUUACUUCUGUGGCACAUGGAUUUAUAUUUUUUUAAUGAUGCAAUUUCUAGGUAGUUAAAGAUUAUUGACUUCGCAAUAUGGGAUAUUAGCAAUCUGUUAACCUAUGCUGUGCACCUAUGCUGUGCACCUAUGCCGUGCAGCGAAACCUGGAAAUAAGAAACCCUGAAAAAGUGCUGCCUAUCGCCUGUGAGAUAACCCAACCCGGCACAGAACAAUUUCUUAACACUGGCUGAACUUGCAAUUAGCACCAUCCCUGCAAGUAGCAUCAUCCCUGCAAGUAGCAACAUCCCUGCAAGUAGCACCAUCCCUGCAAGUAGCACCAUCCCUGCAAGUAGCACCAUCCCUGCAAGUAGCACCAUCCCUGCAAGUAGCACCAUCCCUGCAAGUAGCACCAUCCCUCGUUCAUCGUGGUAGGGACGUUCAUCGUGGAUCCCUACAAGUAGCACCAUCCCUGCAAGUAGCACCAUCCCUGCAAGUAGCACCAUCCCUGCAAGUAGCACCAUCCCUGCAAGUAGCACCAUCCCUGCAAGUAGUGGCACUUCUGCUUUAGUAGUCCCAAUGGUUUGCAUUAUUUCCAGGUUUUACUGUGUCAUAGAAUUUUAGAAUUGGUUAGCUAUUAUUUUCAUUUUCACAGGUGAGCACUUUCUAAAUGAAACAAGUAUAAAUAUAUAUCUAUGAAUAUCAGGAUGAAAACAGUUCUUCUUCUUGACCUAACACAGGUGGCUUGGUAUGAACCUCGAGCUACUGGCCAACAUCAUCAUCCUGGGCUCUGCAAUAUUUGCUGUGGUCACACCUGGUAUAAGUGGUGGGGAUGUCGGCCUCUCUGUUUCAUACGCCAUACAGGUAAGAGCAGUUGAAAUGAUUACACAGCACAAACAAUAUAUGCAGUAGCUUUAAAAUAAUCUGGAAACAGUGACAAUCUGGGUGGGGGGACCCAAUUUAUUUUGAAUAAACAGAGUUUGGAAAUGUUCAAACAAAAACAUUUUUUUGGUUUCCUAUGGUGUUUCCAUGCCCCAUGGUGUUUCCAUGCCUAAGCCAAUGGUUUUUCCAUGCCCUACGGUGUUUACAUGCCCUAUAGUGUUUCCGUGCCUUAACUCUCUGCAGUCCGACUAUAGAGAUAGAUUUUGUGGUGGGUCAUUUAUUUUUAAAAUUUAAUUUUUCAUUGAAAAAGGUUAUUUAUUAUAUUUUAAUAAUUUGUUUCAUUGGUUUUAGUAUUUGUAAAAAUAUAAAAUUAUUACAAAUUUUGAAAUUACUAUUAAAGAAAUAUAAUUUUGGAAACUUAUUCAGCGCGGAGCACCCCUUGAAAGCUUCGCAGAUUUCCAAAAAACAAAAUAAUAUAAGUGUCACAAAAAAUUAAUUAUAAGUAUUAAUAAGGUCAAAUGAUUUUAAUUUCCCAAUUUAUCAAGGAGUUAUUUGUUCUUCUAAAGAAAUGUAUCGAAUCGGAGACUCUAAUCAUAGAAUUUAUCCCAAUUUGCCUAUAAAAUUACAGAGUAAUGUUAUCGUUAACAAGUAAGCUUAAUUUUAAUUAUCAUUUCCCGACUAUAAAAUUCACAAUAAAACAAUAAAGGGAUAUUUUUAUAAUUUUAAUUACCUGAAGUAUAUAUUAUCCUUUUAUACUGAUAUUGAUAUAUUCUAUUUUAAUUUUAUUGAGUUUCAAUAAUUUUAUAAAAAAUAAAGAGCGUUGCUAUGCGAGAUAAAUAUUUUCUAAAAAUAACAGGAAAACUCCGGCCGAUCGGAACUUGCGUAAAUAAAAUAAAUUUAAAGUUAAUGACUUAUGAGUUAUUAACUAAAUAUAUUUGUUUUAAAUAUGUUACAGUCAUGAAUCAUCUUCUAAAUUUUCUAACAUUGCGUAGUAGAAAUAUAUUUAUAUUUAAUUAUCAUUAUCACUCAUGACUAGUAUUAGUCGAGACUACGCGCCAGAAUAAAAAACAAAAAAUUUAUGUUUUUUAUUAAAAACUCAUUAACUCUAAUGGGAAGAAGGAUAGAGAGACAAAAAUGCAGAUAUUUGAUCAAGAAGCCCUUAUUCCUUAUUCAUCCUAAAUAUUAAGCCAGGACUUCACCCUUUUACUGUGCUACAGAGUUCCUGGAUGAAUAUUUUUGAAGAUUUUACCCUAAAAACAAGUGGUGGUAAGUUUUAAUCUAAUCACUUGGUAACAAAAUGCAUAAAGAAUAAACUCACAAUAUUGUUAUAACAUAUUUUAUGAUGUGUUUCCUAUGCACAAUGUUUUACUUUUAUACUAAUUUAGGCAUUUGGGCUAGGAUUAAUGGUAUUUUUUCCCUUACUGAUAGCUUACCAUUACUGAUGCCAUUAGUGUUAAUUUUAUUUAUGACUCAAUCAUAUUUUUAUUUCACAGGUUCUUUAUUGAGGGAAUGUUCUGUGGUGAAAAAUGUUACCUAUGUUGAAACAAAGUCCAGGACAAGCUCUUAUUUAUCAAUUAUAAUUAUUAUAAUAAAAAUGCACACUGUUUAAAGAAAUAAUAUUUGUUCAGUAUCCAUAAAUAUAAUUAAGGAAUACUGUAGUUUAUCGGCCUGUGUUAUAUGAGGAUUUUAUCAAAGAUAUAAAAAAAUACCGGAACAUGGGAAAAGAUAGAUCAGAUUAGUGAGGAAUGAAUCGUAUUGGGCAUUAAUAUCAAAAUUAGCAGUAUCGUGCUGAAUCAUUUUAAUUUUUAUUAACUUUAACCUCAGAAAACACCAGUAUGUUAACAUUUUUUUUAAAAAAACAUUGACUCUUGUUUUGAGUUAUUUAUAUAAUCAUCAAAUUUUACCCAGUUAUCUUUAACUCAAGAAUUAUCAAGACAUAUAUUUAAUGUACAAAUAAAUAAGUUAUGAUGCCCAUUUUUUUUAAUAUAUUACAAACAAAACAUAAUUUUAAUUUAAAAAAAAAUUUAGUGCAUUUUUUAGAAAAAAAAGACAAAAUAUAGCUUUUGCUAAAAUAUUGACAACUCUUUUAUUUUUCAUAGAAUGUUUGUCAUCUUUGACUAUGAAUUGUGUUAGAUGAUGAAAUAUUUUAUUUAAAUAAAUUUUAAAUCUUUUAUCACAAGGAUUUUUUUUUCCUUCAUAUUGUGUGAAAAUUUUGUCAAAAUUUUGCAUAAAAGGAAAAAAAAACAAUUCUCAAAUAAUAUUUUAAUUUUUUUAUAACUAAGAAAAUAAAAUUUUUAAAAAAUAUAUAAUGAUAGCUGAGUCAAAGAUGAACAAGUUAAUAAAAUAACUGAUCAGAUCAGAGCUCUUUCAGAUGAGUUAAUUAAUUAUUUUUAAAAAUCACCUUAAGAUUUUUAACAAAAUUGAAAAAAGCGUCAAGACUGCAGAGAGCUAAAAUGUUUUCGUUCACUAUAAUGUUAUGGUGGCUUCCCAUCACCUGAUAGUGUCCUACAUGUGGCUUUGUUUGAUAUGAUUCCUUUGUGAAUUGAACCAGGUGUCCAGCAACCUUGUGUGGAUGGUCCGACAAAUGAGUGACCUGGAGACCAAUAUUGUGUCAGUGGAGAGGUUGAAGGAGUACUCUGAGCUGGAGUCGGAGGUUAGAUCGGUUCUAUUUAUAGAAAUAUGAUUUAUAGUAAGAUAAAAACUAGUCGUGUUUAAAGAUUUAACGACAUUGUGUUUCUAAUCACUUGAAAUUCAGAUGUUGGUGUUUUUAUUUUUUUGUAAUCAAUAAUGUUUAUAAUUCAUGCAAUUAAAUUUACUUUAGCUGUUUUAUUGGAUAUUACUAAUAAACUUGCCAUAUAGACAUAAACUGUAAUUAUUUACUGUGAAAUAUUAUUUAAAAUCUAUUUAAAUGAUCACUCUUAUGUCAGUAGCUCCUGUUUAAGCAUUUAACAAGCUGAGAGAAAGGUGCAGAGUUAUCAGAUUCAAUAAUUUAUUAACAUUUCUAGGCCGACUGGGUGGUGCCACGCCGUCGACCCAUCCCAGGCUGGCCGAUAGAUGGGAAAGUUAAGUUCUCAAACUACCAGACCCGAUAUCGGCCGGGACUUGACCUAGUUCUUAAAGGCAUUACCUGUGAGUUCCAGGCUGGAGAAAAGGUAAAGGAACCUGAUGCUCUUACCUCAUUACAAGAUAUUUGAUUUGGUCAGUGGCUUAACAUGAUUUAAAUGGUAAAAUUCAGCAUUAGAGACAAUGCUCAAUAGCUCUUUAAACCUAGUAACUUGUGAUAAUAAAGUUCAUAGAAUAUUUUAAGAUUUUACUGUUAAAAUACUGGUGUUAAAUAAGUUUAUCACGAAAACAUUUACUUUUUAAAAUGCCAUUUAUUCUUUAGAAGGUUAAAUUUAUGAAUGGAGAUGGCAGAAUUACAAAUUAGCAAGCUUAUACAAUAUUUUUUUAUUUAAAUGCAUUUUUUUUUCUUAACUGUUUAGAUUGGCAUUUUUUAUAUUCUUGUCCACGCAGAUUGGUAUCGUGGGUAGAACAGGGGCAGGUAAAUCAUCCCUGGCCUUGGCCCUGUUCCGCCUGAUUGAGGCCACUGAGGGAAGUAUAACAGUUGACGGUAUUAGAAUCUCUGAUAUUGGUCUCCACGAUGUCAGAUCACGGCUGACCAUUUUACCACAGGUAUCUGUCAAUCCAAUACCAAGAAAUUUCCUAUGUCAAAAAUAUAUCAACUGCUAGCAUAUCGUCAGUGUGAACUCAAUCUUAGAUCAUUAAAUUGUUAAAAAUAAUAACUUACCAAACACCAUAGAUUUAAUUGAGUGGAAAUAUUCUUUACUUAGAGCAAAAAUGAGGAAGUAGCUUUACUUAGCUGGCAAUACAUCUUAGCAUCCAAGCCACAUAAGCAUGGGAUUUUUUGGGCCAUUUCUCCCCUUCUGAUACUCACCCCUUGUUAUUUAAUAUUACAUAAUAUCACAUGCGCUCAGAGACUUUCUUUUUUUAGGACAACUGUAGUUAACAACCAUCGUUAGUAUGAAACAUGUCAACAUUUAUUUCUAAAGACUGUGUUUUUAAAUGAAUAAUUUUGUGUAACUGUUAUUUAAUGUCAUGUUUCUUUUUUUUUUUUUUUCAUUUUGAUAAUUUUAUGUGAAGCGCGAUGAGCCUAGUUCUAGGCUGGGGUACCGCGCUAUAUAGAACCACUUGAAUAAUAAUAAUAAUAAAAUUUGCCUAAUUUUUACUAUUAUAGAUUAGACUUGUAGGAUAGAGUGGAUAACUAAUAACUAAAUGGCUUUUUCUGGGAAUAGGAUCCAGUUCUGUUUUUUGGAAGCCUCCGCAUGAACUUGGACCCCAUUGAAGAGUAUGAUGACAACCAGCUUUGGGAUGCACUGACCAGUGCCCAUCUGAAAGAUUUUGUGGAGAAUACGCCAGAGGGACUGGACUAUGAGGUUGGAGAAGAGGGACAGAGCCUCAGGUCAGUUGCUUCAAUCAGUCAAAUUGUCAUAACCUUUGACCCAUCAUAACCUUUGACCCAUGGUGUAUUAAGAUAUGCUGAAAGUAUUACACAUUACAACAACAACAAAAAUCUCCCAGAAUAAGAAUUUAUAUAUAGCAUUGCCUCAAGUUGUUCAUCUAUUUAAAUGUGUAGUGUUGGACAAAGACAGCUGGUGUGCCUGGCCAGAGCCCUCUUAAAGAAAACUAAAAUUCUGAUCCUGGAUGAGGCCACCGCUGCUGUGGAUAUGGAGACGGAUACCCUAAUCCAGAACACCAUCCGUACAGAGUUUAACAACUGCACAAUCAUCACUAUAGCUCAUAGACUCAACACUAUCAUGGAUUAUGACAGGUUGGUGUUCAGAUUUUAUCUUAAUUGUAAAUGUUCCAUCAUAGCUAAUAGUUUAUUCAGGGAUGAACCACAUUGUAAUUCCCUGCAGAUUGUAUAUUAAUAAUAAUAUAUUAAAAUUAUAUGAUAUAAAUAUAUAUAUAUAUAGUGAGGAGUUUUUUUUUAAUGUGUUGGCAUGUUAAAAUGCAAUGCUUUGCUUUUUUUUUAAAUAUUAUAUCGUAACAAUAGUAACAUACAAAUAUUUGAAUAUUUUCUAAUUUCAGGAUUAUGGUCCUUGAUGCAGGACUAGUUAAGGAACUUGAUUCUCCAAGUAACUUGCUGGCCAACCAUGAAUCUAUCUUCUACUCCAUGGCCAAGGAGGCCAAUCUUAUUUAAUUCUGUUAUUGUUAAGUAACAUGUAAAGCAAUUGCAGUUUGAAGCUAAUAUUUUUGUCAUGAAAUCUGUUGUUUUUUUUUUUUGUUUUUUGUUUUUUUGUUGGGUACUAAUAUAUAUUUGGUAAUGUUAUGUUUGAUCACAAUGUGCAACAAAUGUCUUGUUUAUUGAACCAUGCAUAUUUAUUAAAAUUAUAUCGUUCUUCAUGUUUUUUACAUUGAAUGUAUUUUGUGUCAAAUAUUUAGAUAUUUUCGGAUUUCUUAAAAUGACACAGAUCAUAGUGUAAAAUAAAAUUAGUUUAACUGUUUGAACAAAAUUCAAGUUAUUUUUGGUGUCCCUCAAAGAUUCAAUAGUUUUAAUUAUUUUUCAUUAAAAAUUAAUUAUAAUGGAUUUAUGAAAUUAAAAUCAGACUAACUGUGACUAGGUUUAGUUCAUUUCAUGAAAAAAUACUGAUAAUCAACAAAAUAUGAGAACGGUAAUAAAAAAUAUAAUCAGUGUUUGUAUGAAUCUUGUAUUGAAUCUUUGAUCCUAACAUCAAAGUUAUGUCUGGUGGACUUAGGGACAUUCUUGUAUUUGAUCUGAUUCCUGUUUGGUUUUGUGAAAAGCCAGUCGGGCAUCUUACAUUACUAGGUCACUAGUCCAGAUAACUGAUAUCCUGUUGGCCAGAUUUCCAAUUUUUCAUCAAAACAACCAGUCUCAUGGAAAUGGGAAGUUGAACAACAAAAAUAAAAUAUUUAAACAAGAAUUUAUUUUUAAAAUUAUCAAAAUCUGAUACCAAAAGGUACAAAUGUAUAAUAAAAACCAUUUAAAAAAAUUAAACACAUUGAAAGCUGCCAGUUUCUGACAUGGGAUAUGUGAUUUAAAAUAGACAAAAGUUAUUAAAUAAAUAGAUGCACUGAAGACUGUGAUGGUAACACAACCCAGAAACUCCAAACAAGUUUAUAUGCAUGUCAUGAAAUAUUUCUUGUCAGUUAAUUCAUUAUUUUUAAUAAUGUAUGUCUCCCGCCAUUAUGUACACUACAAACUGACCACUGCCUAUUUAUAUGUUAUUGUACAUACAACAUAAUAAUAUUUAUCAUGGGUUACAUUCCUGUAAAGAGUCCGAGGUGAAUUUUUUGCCUGAUGGAUUUGAUAUUCAGAAUUAUGCAUUUACAAACCUAUUUUACUUAUACUUUGCAACCCCCUUGAUAGCACAGUUCUAAAGUCAGAAAUAUUUGGUAAAAUAAUGCAAGGAUUUUUAGUCUUUACUUUGAACUUACUGAAGUCUCAAAAUGUUUGACUGGAUAAUAAAAUCUCAGUCGACUGCAGAAGAGCUUUAAAAAAAAAUGCUGAAAGAUGCAAAUAAUCAUGACUUUGGUAAAAGUUGUUCAACAACAAUUUGUCACAAAUAUUGCUACAAGUUGUGUACAUGGGAUUAGUACAUUGAAAUCAAUACCAGCAAGGUAGAAAAAAAAAAAAGUCAUUAUCACAUAAAUAGUUAAGAAAUUGUACAUUUUUAUUUUUUAAAAAUAACUUUAUUUCAAAAUUGUUUGCAAUGAAUUACUUACAACUGCUUCUGUUGGGUGAAUUUAGUUAACAGGCAAAAAUAAAAUAAUAGUAGGCUUAUUAAUACAUUUGUUAAGAAUAUAUGUAAUGAAAUUUUACAUUUUUGUCAACUAAAUUUGUAAUUUAUUCAUUGUAAAAAAAUUAUGUUAUAUGUCAUCCCCAAUGAAUUGUUCCCAUAUCCACUGACAAUAUCUACUUGUUCUCUGAAAGGAUAUCUGCUAAGAAAGUUUUUUAUGUCUAUACUAAAUAAAUGUCAUACACAAAAGUGGUCAUGAUUUCUCAAUUGCUCUUUGCUUUCUAAGUAAAAUUCUAAAGGUAAGAAUUGAAAUUACCCCCACACCCAACACACACACAUACCACCAUCACUUUUUCCACCCUACAAAAUGUAUUUAAAAAUUACCACUUAAACACUUAAUUAUUUUAAAAUAAAUAUGGUGGCAUUUGUCUACUCUUGACUAAUUUGAUUACAACAAUCAAAACAGCACCUCAUCAUUUUGAUUUUUAAUUAAAAGUAUUCCUGGUGUGAGUCACCAGUUUAAAAUUAUAAACGUCUUUUUUAUGUUAAUU